AUGGCGGACAACUUGCGCCUUGCGGCGGAGCCAGCUGUUACAACCAUUCCGGUGGUCACUGUGCCAGCACGGGUCACAGAGGUGCCAACCUCGGUCCCUGUGACACAGGUGGCACCUGUGACACAGGUGACUCAGAGCCAGGUGAGUGGUGUUGCUGCCACUUUGUCACAGCCAGGCUACAUCAUCCAAGGGCCUCCUGGGCCUCCUUCAUCCCAUGUGGCGUCUCCCAGAGUCUACUACCGGGACGUGUCCCCUGACCGUGUGGUGUACCGGGAUAGCAGCUCCAUCAGCCCUGCCUUAAGGUCCUGGGUGGAGUGCCUGGUGGACAACCGUGUGGAUCAAGCCAUGCGACAGCUACAAGAUGGGAACUUUGCGCUUUUGCUGGAGCAAACUCGCCAGGAUGCCAAUACCAUCUCACACAACACCAACUUAGCCCUGCAGCAGUCUGAGGAGGCACGCAGGCGGCUGGAAGCUCAAGUCCGCUCCCUCAAUGAUGGACAGUCCAAAUUGAAGGCCAUUGUGGAGAACUUGUCCGGAGAGAAUGAUCGACAAUUCUGUUCCAGCAGCCAAGCCAAAGCCGAGGCGGUGCAAUCCGUGGAGCGCGUGGUGGCCACGGUGCAGGAGCUGCGGCGCACCAUGGAGCAGGACGGCGACGUGGUCAGCGCGCGGCUCCGCGAGCACGCCUUGGCCAUCGACGACCUGCGGCGCUCCACCGCCGAGGACGUGGCGCGGCUGCGCGCCGCGGCGGCGGACCUGCAGCGGCUCAGCGCGGAGGCCACGAGUCGCCAGCGGCAGAACGGGGACGAGUUGGCCACCACGGCCGCCUCGGUGGCCGCCACACGGCAGGAGCUGGCCGAGCUAUCGCGGCAGCUGCAGGGCUUUGACCGGAAGUUGUCUGGGUGGAAGAGCGAGGUGAAAGUGGAGGUGUUGGAAGAGGUGGCUGGCCGGGAAAUCUCCCAAAUGGCAGACACACGCAUUGAUUUGGAAUCCAGGAUUGAACGGCUCAAAGUGGAUUUGGCCACCCUGGGGAAGAUGAAGUCGGAGACGGAGAAUCGAUUUCAUCACAUGGAGCAGGAUUUCGCCACCCGCCUGGGAGACCUGGAGUCCUUCUGUGACAACCUCCGCUCGGAAGUCUUCUCAGCGACCAACGCGCGGGUGGAGACCUUGGAUGCGAGAUCUUCGGAAGCUCAACAAAGCUUAUCCAGGCGCUUUGAUGCCUUACAGGUGGGUGUCCAUGAAGAUGUGGAGUCCACUCGCCUGGAUCUCAAGAAGUUGUCAGCUCACGUGAAGAGACUGGAGGACCAACACAGUUCCAUCCGGGAGGAGGUCGCCUCCGAGGUACGUUUGGCCAUCGCAGGCAUCCCUGACUACAGCCAUGAUGAAGGGCCACUGCGUGCGGAAAUGGCACAGAAGCUCAGUGACCUGGGAGCCAGGCUCAAUGAUUUAGGAAGCCGACUUCAGCAAAUGGAAUUGGCCACGCGGGAGAGUUUGGAACUGCGAGUGAGCCAUGUGAAUGCUGAAGCUCAGCAAGGUGUUGACCAAGUGAGGAGUGAAGUCUAUGCUCUCCGGAAGCUCCUCAAAGAGGAGCAAAGCGUCGUCGCCGCGUUGGAUGAGCAGCUGUGGCUCACGGACCAGCGGUUAGGUCAGAGGAUCGAUGAUGCCGAAAGAGCCAUCCAUCGAGAACGGCUCAGCUUCGAGGCCAGACCUCUCCGCACGCCCCAGACUUCGGGACAGACCUCUCCGAACGGAGAAUCGAAGAGUCCAGGAGGUUUAGCCAUGGCACGCUUAGCAGCCGAGGGCUUUGCUGCUUUGGCCCACGAGGAGGUGGAUGAGCCCAGUGGACGGCGAGGAUCUGGGCCUUCUGGGCUGUCCAUGGCACGGCAAGCCGGAAGCUUAGUGAACCUGCUGCGACAUGCACAAGUAGCCAAAAGGAGCCAUUUGGAGCCAGAGAGACUUGGACACAGAAUACAGUAUGUAUGA